CACAGCUCUACUACACUCACUCCCACCCGGCAGUGAACUUGAAUGCAGAGCAGUGAGAGGUAGUGAAAAGCAGAGGAUAUCAGCUACAGUAUAUCGCUAUUGGGAGCACUUAAUUCUGCUGCGAUGGGUAGACUGCACAGUGAACUCUGAGACGUGUGGACGUUUUGGGGUCAAUGGGUACCCCACACUCAAAAGACUUGCUAGUGGCCUACUAUGAUGUGGAUUACCUCCGCAACAUCAAGGGCACCAACUACUGGAGGAACAGGGUGAUGAAAGUGGCCACUCAGUUCCAGUCUCAGGGGCUGAAUUACGCUGUGGCCAACAGGGCUGAGUUCCAGGAAGAGCUGGAGGAGGAGUUUGGCCUGGGGCCGUCCGACGGGGGAGAGCUGCCUCUCAUCACCAUUAGGAACGGGGAGGGCCACAAGUACAGCAUGCAGGAGGAGUUCACACGGGAUGGGAAAUCCCUGGAGAGGUUCUUGGAGGACUACUUUGCCGGUAAACUGAAGAGGCAGGUCAAGUCAGAGGCUGCUCCCGAAAACAACGAAGGCCCAGUCAAGGUGGUGGUGGCGGACAACUUUGAGGAGUUAGUGAACAACCCUUCCAAGGACGUGCUGCUGGAGUUUUAUGCACCCUGGUGUGGACACUGCAAAAGCCUGGAGCCCAAAUACACAGAACUUGGGGAACAGUUGUCCGCCAACACCCACAUUGUUAUAGGAAAGAUGGAUGCCACUGCUAACGACGUUCCUCCAACCUACGAUGUCCAGGGUUUCCCCACUAUUUUCUUCGUCCCAGCAGGACAGAAGGACCAGCCUCGGAAAUACGAGGGUGGCCGUGAGGUGAAUGAUUUCCUCAACUAUCUGAAGGAGGUGGCCACACAUCCCCUUAUCCUGGGCAAUGCCAGAGAAGACUUGUGAGAGCACAAUGACGAGAGAGAAGAAAAAAACAAGGGAUGAGUGGACUGGCAAAGAAGCAGAAGACAUGAACUAUGAGGAGAAAAAAAGGAGCCACCCAUUGCAACACAGUUUCAGACCAGAAGAUCUCCUUUGGUUGUCUGUGCCAUACCAGCAACACUGAAUGCUCAUAACAUAGAGGACUUGUAAAUUAAACAAUCAGCAGUUUUUUCUUGGAACUUCAAGAGAGUAAUGUUCUGAAUGUGAGAGGAUGGAGCAUCUGCAAGCACAGUAAUAGGUAGCACAUGUGCAAUAGGCUUUGCCAUUAAACUGGUGACUUGAUGGUUGCGAUUAAUAUUCCCAAGAAAGGCAUACUAGUGUAGCGUCCUUGACUCUGAGUGAGGUACCUCAGACUAUAGAUAAAUGUAGAAAGUGAAAAAUUAUGUGCAACAGUUUUUGCGAAGUUGCUUACAGGUACAAAGAAAAAACUGUCUGCUAAGCAAAUAGAUAAAAAUUGAAUAAAAUACCUGAUACAGGGGCCUGCCGAGUGGCGCAGCGGUCUACGGCACUGAGGUGUCACUACAGACCCGGGUUCGAUACUGGGCUAUAUCACAACCGGCCGUUAUCGGGAGUCCCAUAGGGCGGCGCACAAUUGUCCCAGCGUCGUCCAGGUUAUGGGAGGGUUUGGCUGGGGGGGGCUUUACUUGGCUCAUUGUGCUCUAGCGACUCCUUGUGUCUGGUCGGGUGCCUGCAGGCUGAUUGCGGUUGUCAGUUGAACGGUGUUUCCUCCGACACAUUGGUGUGGCUGGCUCCCGGGUUAAGCGGGCGGGUGUUAAGAAGUGUGUUUUGGUGGGUCAUGUUUCAGAGGAUGCAUGAUUCGACCUUUGCCUCCCGAGCCCAUUGGGGAGUUGCAGCGAUGAGGGAGAAAAAGGGGGUAAAAGGGACAGAGUUUGGGAAACUGAUUUAGCAGACACAUCCAUUUUUUUGUGUGAAAAUAGGUUGAAGACUACUGAAGCACUAUGGACAGGCUUAGAUUUCAGUUGGACUUUUAUGCCAAGCAUCUCACCUGCUCUUCUCGAGGAGAGGCAACCUUAAAGUUUGAAAUGUCCCCUCAUUGUACUGAAUUUAUCCAUUUGAUAUUUACUUACUAUAAUACACUCCAUAUCACUCUAUUUUGUUUUGUGUUACAUACACAAUAUAGCACAUCAUCCACAUAUUAGUAGGUUUUAUUAGAGACAUCUGUGUAUUUGUUAUCAAAUUAGUGAUAUUUAUUGGUAUUUAUUUUUAAUAGAAUGUAUAGUUACAUCAGCUAGCACUUCUUGAGAUUCAUGUUUUACAUCAAAUUUGUUUAACUAUUGAAAUCAUUUGAGAUGUCUUACAUGAAAAGAGUUAUCAACUUGAAGAUUAGGCAAUGUCCAAUGCAUGGGUAUUAUUUGAUAAAUAAAAAAGACGUCACAGAA